CAAACGUUAAGUGUAAGUGACUAGGUACUAUAGUGAAAGUUUCUCAGCCAACAUGCAGAGGUCUACGCUAAGAGUCAAUCGCUCUACAAAUCGGAGAUCGAGGUCGAGAUUCGAUGACUCAAAUCUCAAUGCAGAACGAAGGCAGAAUUCAGUGGAAAAUAUUGAAUUUUCGGAGACCUCGGAAGAAAAGAGUUUCCAGGAGAUGUUUGGUUUCGAUAUUUCAUUGAAACCGGGACCUAACAGCACUUUUAUCGAUGGACAUUACUACCCUAAAAAAUUGAUUGAAGGUAUGAAUGAGAGGUCAGAAUCAGAUUUUGACGAAAUUAAUCAUUAUCCUGUAAAAAAUUUUUUCUUGAACGAAGACCCUGAAAACGAGACACUUAUCAACAUUUCGAAUGAUGGACUCUACAACCGUAGAAAAUCUAUUGAAUGUACGAAUGAGAGGUCAGAAUCAGAUUUGGGCGAAAUGAAUAUUUAUCCUGUGAAAAAUUUUUUCUUGAACGAAGACCCUGAAAACGAGAGACAAUUGCUACCUGUUCGACAAGAAGAGGAACAUGAAUUCAACAAUGAUCUCAUCGGUCACUAUUCAGAGAUUGAUCAUGAAGAAUAUCAUCAAUGCGAACCUGUGAUACCUGACAAUAUUGUUCGGCCAGGUCAAAACAUCGAGCCAAUUCCAGUAAAAAACCUAUUUCGAGAAGGAUCCACCGUAUACAACGUUACUGUUGUGUCCAUUGAGGAUCCGUCGAAAUUUUGGAUAGCAUUGAACUACCCUGAUUUGGAGAAAUCCUCGAAAGAGAUGAAAAAAUUCUACGAAGAAAAUUCAGCUGCAUAUGUUAUUCCCGUCAAUUUAUUGGAUAAAAACUUGUUCUGUGUAGCUGAAUUGAAUGGAGUUUACUUUCGAGCAGUCAUAGUCGAUUGCAUAAAAGUUGCCAAAAAAGUGAAACUUUUCUUCAUCGAUUUUGGGAUGGCACGAAAAGUAGACUGUAAGAAGAUUUUCUUUAUGAGGCAGUGUUUCAGUAAACUCCCAGCUCAAGCAGUCAGAACAAGACUUGCUGAUGUUCAGCCCCAAUACGAAGCUAUGCCGUGGUCAGAUGAAGCAUGCCGAAAUUUUACAGAUUUAGCAUUGCUUCAGGAUUUCAAGGUGGAGAUCGCAGAAAUCGACAGAUUUCAAAACGUCGUUAAUGUUAGAUUGAUCAAUAAUCACGACGUACCAUUGACGAUGAUUCUGGUCAAUGAUGGACAUGCGAUUUACACCAGAGUGAAGCAACAGAAAACAGUAAUCGACAAGAAUUCGAAAAUAAAAGUAUGCUGUUUUCAUUUUUUCCCAACAUUCCAAGAGUUGGAAAGCUGGAGUGUUCCAUGGCGCUUUGAAACUCGUAAAUAUGAGAACUUAGCAUUGACCACAAAUUUCUUGUAUCCUCAAUAUUUCGAGAGGAAAAAUACCACAAAGCUUCUCAAUAAAAUUGAGAGGAUUCAAUUCCAUACGAUCGUCAAGAAGAAGCCAGUAAGGAGACAUCUGAUGAUGUGUGAUGUCGAAUCUGGGAUUGGCAUUGAUGAAAUGAACAAGCUAGCGUAUGGGGAUUUUAUGGUUCCUAGCACGCCUCCAAAAAUUGAAAAAGGUAUAAAGCGUUCAGUUAAGGAGGAAGAACAGGAAAAAUUCACUGAGGAAUUCCUUCGGAGAAUGAACAUUGAAGAAGAUAUAAAGUGUUCGGUUGAGGAAGAAAAACAGGAAAAUUUCAAUGUGAAAUUCAUUCAGAGAAUGAGGCAAACAAGAAUGAAAUCAUGUUUUGCAUCCUCGAACUAAGUCUCGCACAAGCAUAUCCGAUUAUCGAAAUGUAUUUUUGUUGUAUAUAAUGUACAUUAUUUAUUGUGUUAUAUUUCAGUUUUGGAUAUGACAGGUCUUAUUGUAUAGGAAACAUUUGGUGUAAGUCCUUGAUUUUUAAACGUCUUCGGAGAUAUCUCUCCUUCUUCAGUAGUAUACAAGUUUCUCGUCAUUGCAGUCAUCAUGAUGGCAAUAUUUAGUAGGAAAACUAUACUACUGAAGAAGGAGAUCUCCGAAACUUUUAGAAAAUAAAGGACUUAUACCAAAUGUUUCCUAUAUGAUAAGACCUGUCAUAUCAAACCACUACACCUCGUUUUUAAUUUAAUGUGUAUCUAUAACUAUCUAUAUUUUUAUUUAAUUUAUUUAUUCAAUUU